AUGGUUAAGACAUUUUCACUUCUUAGGAAGAGAACUUCCUUUGGAAAGUCAACUAUAUCUGAGACCACUAAAUUUAUGUGCUCGUCGAACAUACGCAGAGUGCCUGUGUAUUCAGUACUGUCUCUUAGUCUAAUGCAUAUUUUUGUGCCUAAUAGUCCUCGGAUAAAGUCAAGCGGAUACAUUACGAGAAUAAAAUUUUUAGCUAUGACAAAUACCGUAUUAAUUGUUCUGGGAAUGGCAGGAAGUGGAAAAAGCACUUUCUGUCACCGGCUGCACACAUGGCUUUCUGACAAAACAAUGCAAAUAAACAGCAGAACUGGGUUAAAUGAUGCAGUAUGUGGGAUCAAUUUAGACCCAGCGGUGCAGACUGUAAAAAUGCCCGUGCAUUAUGACAUAAGAGACACGAUUGAUAUAGACGAAUUGAUGCAAAAGAAGAAGCUAGGGCCAAAUGGAGCAAUUCUAACCGCAUUAAACCUCUUUGCAGCACACAUUGAUGUGUUGAUAUCACAAAUCGAGGGAUUAAAGCCGCAGUAUACAAUUAUAGAUACCCCUGGGCAAAUAGAAAUGUUUACUACGUCAGUAUCCGGGCAGAUCAUCACACAAUGCUUGUCAAAAACAAAAGGUGUUCGUGUUAAAAUGAUAUAUCUUGUAGAUGGAGAAAAGGCCCAGAAUCCACAAUGCUUUAUCAGCAAUAUGCUUUUUGCAACAUCUGUUUACUAUAGAUUCAGAGAGGAGCUCUUAAUAACAGUAAACAAGUCAGAUAUUGAAGGGGCUGAGCAAAUAAAGUCUUGGGCCACUGAUUAUGAUUCUUUUUCGGGCGCACUGCCAGAGGACGGGAUGAACACUCCUCUUACAAAUUCAAUUGCUCUGUGGAUGGAGGAGUUUUAUAGCAGAUUCAAUCUAUUCUACCUCUCCGCAGCAACUGGAAUGGGCAAGACUGCCUUUAUUGCUGAAGUAGAUAGAGAGAUAGAGAGCAAAGAAACCAGUGAACUGCAUGAUGUUGAUUUGUCUGAUGCACAGAGCAAUGACAGUAUCAUUUCAAAAGAAAUAGAAACAGAAGAGGACAAAACACCGAAUGCCCCUGCCAAUGUAAUUCAGAACAUCCUUGAUGCGUUAAAAAAAACAACCAUCAUGUGCGCCCAGUCAAAUGAAGGCGACAGCAGUGAAUCAAAUGAAGAAAACGAAAAAGAAAAAAACACGCACUCCCCGCCACAAAAAGAUCAAUUAGAAGAAACUAAAGAAGAAUAAAUACUAAACCAAAUAUACAGCUUGUCUGAAUUAUUGCACUAUACCAAUAGAAUGGCCC